AUGACGAAAUCUUCUUCAUCUCCUUCAUCUCAUAAACUCAGAAACAACAACAAGGAUAAACAGCAAUGGUCUUUUGAAUAUGAUGAGAAACGACGGCAUGUUUACAAAUGUGAGUUUUGUGACAAAGUAUUCACCACAGGCCAAGCACUCGGCGGUCACAAGACUUGUCAUCGCUCCAACAAACAACAGAUACAUGGUGAUAAGGCUCACAAAACUAUCAAGAUCACUUUCUCUUUAUCUUGUUCUCCAAGUUAUCAUAAUAAUAAUGAUGCCAAACAGAAAAGACAUUCAUGGACUAGGGUUUUCAAGAGUACCGUUCAUCAUCCACCUGCUGCAUUGGAACCUUGUCAACAAGAAGAGUUACCAGCUGUUGACUUGUUAAGUUUGUUGCCACCAAGAUCAUAUAAUACCAAGAAAAGGAGCCGGAGAUAUCUUAUUCAUCAUGGACUUGCUAAUAAUCCUACUGCUCCAAUACCCUUGUUGGAUACGUCUCGCGAAUCGGUUGCAAAUCUUGAUGCAAAUUAUCGUGAGUGUAAAAGAAUGAAACUCUCAAACAAUGUGAAUGAUACUGAGAUGAUGCAGAAACAACAUGUGCUGCCAUCAAAUGAUCGUAUUGAUGAAACAGUAGUGAGUGAAGGUGAAACAGAGAUAGAAUCACAUCGUGAAUUGGGGCAAAGAGUUGUUCGUGACUUCGAUUUGAACGAGCUCCCGACUAAUGAUGUUGAAACAGAAUGA